AGCUAAGGCACACCCCUCCGCCCAUUGCCGCUCCUCGCUCAGCCAGUCCCCGAGGAGAUUCCGGGAAACGGAAUGCAAAGUCAUUGCAUCUGCGAUCAGAAGCGAAAGCUGUCCUUGUUCCUCUCCCGGGCGAGGCAGCCAUGGACCACCCGGGCGGCGGGGCUCCCAUCCAGGCGCUGUGCUUGGAAGCGACCUGCUCCAUCUGCCUGGAGUUCUUCAAGGACCCGGUGAUCCUCGACUGCGGGCACAAUUUCUGCCAGGGCUGCCUGGCCCAGUGCUGGGGGGAGGAGGAGGGCAAAAGCGUCUCUUGCCCCCAGUGUAGGGAAGCGGUCCCGCGAAAAAGCCCCCGGCCCAACUGGCAACUGGCGAGCAUGACUGAAAUACUCCGGAGGCUGGAGGAAGAAGGGAACGGAGCGGAAGCCAAGGGGGGGAUUUUGUGCCAGAAGCACCGGGAGCCCCUGAAGCUCUUCUGCAAGGAGGAUCAGGCCCCCAUCUGUGUGGUGUGCGACAAGUCCAAGGAGCACCGAGACCACCGGGUGAUUCCCAUAGAAGAGGUGACCCACCAGGAAAAGUCUGAGCUGAAGUGUUUGGAAAAAGAGAGAGAAAUUCUUGCGGAUCGGAAACUAGCUGAAGAACUGAGGAGCAAAGAAUGUCUGAUGGAAUUAGAAAUGGAGAAGCAGAGGGUCGUGUCUGCCUUUGAGCGAAUGUACAACUUCCUGGAAGAAAUGGAGCUCCUCAGGCUGGCCAAGCUCGAGGGCCUGAAGAAAGAGGUUGAAGUGAUCCAGAAGGAGAACCUCGCCAGACUCACAGAAGAGAUUUCCCAUCUCAGUAACCUGAUCACUGAAGUGGAGAGGAACUGCCAGCAGCCGGAAAAUGAAUUUCCACAGGACAUCAAAAAGGUUUUGAGCAGAUAUGAGAAAGGGCUAGCGGGACAGCUGGUGGAGCUUUCUCCAGGACUGGAAGAGAAGUUCAGGAUUUACUCUCAGACGAAUUCCGCUCUGGAAGAAGCUAUGGAGAAAUAUAAAGAAUCUCUGGAGGAAGCAGUGAACAAAGAGUCUCUGAACCAAGACUUGUACAAAGUGAAUUUCACUCUGGAUCCAGACACCGCAAACCCCUUCCUCAUCCUUUCCGAGGACCUGAAAAGCGUGAGAAGAGGGAGCCGAUACCAAUCCGUGCCCGACAACCCUGAGAGAUUCGACAUCAUGAUGAGCGUGCUGGGCCGCGAGAGAUUUGCUUCGGGGAGGCACUGGUGGGAGGUGGAGGUGGAGGAGAAUUUGGGGCGGUGGGCCGUGGGGGUUGCGAGAGAGUCCGUGAGGAGGAAGGGGCAGGUCCGCAUAAGCCCCGACGAGGGGUUCUGGGCUGUGGGGAAGUCGUUCCACAACAACCACGACUUAUCCUCCCCUUGCCAAAUUCUGGCUUUCACAUCCCCAAAGCCAACCCCAUUGAUCUUGAGGCGUAAUAAGCUCAGGAAGGUCCGAGUGUCCCUGAGCUACGAAGAAGGUCGUGUGGAGUUCUUCGACGUCAAUUCGGACGACCUGAUCUUCACUUUCCAGCCGGCCUCGUUCUCUGGGGAGAAGAUCCUCCCCUUUUUCCGGGUGUGGAGAGGGGUCAGGUUGAAUGUUUUGGAGGCUGGGAAUAAUUGCUGCUGCUGCUGUUUUCCCUUGGAGACAGACUUGGGGAGAGGCUUGGAAGAGGAGGAGAUGGAAAUGUGCCAGAAUCACCGUGAGCCCCUGAAGCUCUUCUGCAAAGACCACGAAUCCCUCAUCUGCUUGGUCUGCGACAGAGCCACGGAGCAUCGAGGACACAAUGUGGUCCCUGCAGAGGAAGCUGCCCCAGGCUACAAGGAAGAAAUUGAGGGCCACCGGAAGUCUGUGGAGCUCAUGAGAAAGAAUCUUGAGGACCGUGUGUUGGCAGAAGAGCUGGGAAGCCAAGAAUGUCUGGCUAAGUUAGAAGCAGAGACAAAGAAAGUCAAGUCUUCCUUUCAUCGGAUGUGCAGACUGCUCGACAGAAUGGUGCACCUCAAGCUGACCCAGAUGGAAGACCUGAAGAGAGAGAUCGAUAAGAGGCAGCAAGAAAAUGUCAGCAGGCUCUCCCGGGAGAUCUCCCGCCUCAACGAUAUGAUUGUCGAGAUGGAGGAGAAGUGCCAGCAGCCGGUCUGUGGGUUCUUGCAGGACAUCAGAAGUGACUUGAGCAGAAUGUUAAUCAUCUUCCCUUCCAGAUAUGAAAACGAACAAGUAAGGGAUGCAAUUGAGCUUUCUCCUGGAUUGGAAGAGGCGGUUGGAGUUUACUCAGAGAACAGCUCUGCUUUAGGAAUUGCUGUGGAGACAUUUAAAGAGUCCUUGGAAAUCCUGGAGCCGGCGCUGUACAAAGUGAUGGUGACUCUGGAUCCAGACACAGCACAUCGCCGCCUCGUUCUCUCCGAGGACCUAAAAACUGUGAGGAAGGCAGAGGAAGAGCAGGACCUGCCUGACAAACCAGGGAGAUUUGAUGUUGGGCCCUGUGUGCUGGGCCGCGAGCGAUUCACUUCCGGAAGAUAUUUGUGGGAAGUGGAGGUGGACAGCGAAGGCACUGGGGCGAUGUGGGCCGUGGGGGUAGCACGGGAGUCUGUCAGGAGGAAAGGAAAGGGCAGCUUUAGGCUGAUUCCCAGCGAGGGAAUCUGGGCUGUGGGGGCGAUAAUGGGUGAACUCGUAGCGUUUACUUCCCCCAAACAGACCCCUUUGGCCUUGGGACAAGACCCCAGGAAUAUCCGCGUGACCCUCGACUACGAAGAGGGACUUGUAGAAUUCUUUGAUACGGACAGAGAUGAGCUGAUCUUUGCUUUUACGGGAGCCUCCUUCUCUGGGCAGAAGAUCCGGCCCUACUUUUGGGUAGGGUACAGAUCCCAGCUGAGGUGCUGAAUCCCACUUAUUACUUAUCACUUCCAUGAAAGGAAGCAAUUUUUCU